CGAUGGCUCUUGGUAUAAACUCGUGCGCAAGUAGCGCAAUGCGAUUCAUUCUCUCGCGCACUUGGCAUUGAGACUUGUCAACGUUUGCAAUCGUGCAACACAUUCACCAUGAACAAGGUCGUUGAGGUGAUCACGUUAGUGGUUUUAAUGGCAGUCACGACGCCGGCACGACGCUGGCACGAUCAUUACAUUCCGGAUUCCUUGGCUAUGGAAAAUUCGCCACAUAUCAGCCGCGUAAUGCCACCGCAGUCCUAUCCCUCCGCCUGGUUUAUCAAACGGGAGCCGGAUGUCCACCGUGAAUCGACAUUCUCAUCCGGUGGUAGACAGUCUAUAUCCAACAAUAACAGAUACUUGGAAGAAACAAAUUUCUAUCCAGCUGGCCUGAAACACCAAGGUUCAACCGAUUACGUUGACGGUUCAUUUGAUAAUCGAAGACUUCUGACUGAUCUUUCGGAUAACAAACCUCUUCAAUCUUUCGAGCGGUUUCAGCCAUCACAGCGAGGACUAUUCUAGGAUCAAAGAGGAAGCCCUAUAAUCUUGACUGCCCACUUUAUCCUUAAACGUCCUCCGAGUUUAGACAAAUAAUUUGAUGGAUUUAAUGGGCAUCCGCCUCUCGUUACUCGUUCAAAAAAACAAUGAUGCGCGUAGAGCUGCCACUUUCGGAAGAUUGGAUUGGCUCAUUGAUAUCAUCACUUAUGAAUUCUUGCCCCCCCCCCUCUUCGCACUUUAUUACACCCAUUCAUUCACCAUUUUUUUUUUGUCUUCUUCUUCUUAACCUUUCUCAAAACCCGUGCCGAAUGUGGCGAAUUCACGAUUUCUCCUUUUUUGCCGAUUAUAAUCCGCACCGAUUGUGCAGAGGACGUUUGAAAGUUUUUUUUCCUAUAAUUACUAUUUAUGAAAAAUCUGUAAUAAACGUGGAAUGCAAUUAGA